AGUAACGAUGGAUUUCGUCACUGGCCUACCAGCUGGUCCAAGCUGUAAUGACGCGAUCCUCGUCGUCGUUGAUCGGUUAACCAAAAUGGCCCAUUUCACUGCCUACACGACGACAAUCACUGUCGACCAGACAGCGAAAGUGUUCCUUACAAACAUCGUGCGGCUACACGGCAUCCCAUCGGUAAUCAUCAGCGAUCGCGACCCACGGUUCACUUCCAACUUCAGGACAAAAACCUGGCAGCAGUACGGCAAACGUCUGCAUCUGUCCACGACGUACCACCCAUUAUCGGACGGUCAGACUGAGCGCACCAACCAGAUGAUGGAGCAGCUGAUUCGCACGACAUGCACAGACCCGGCCCAAUGGGAAGAUGCCCUUCCUUUGAUCGAGUUUGCGUACAACAAUGCCCCAUCGGCCAUAAUUAUUCAGUCCCCGUUCUUCCUUAAUUACGGGAUAGACCCGACAACCCCUCUAUCGCCACCGAUAGAAAAUCCGGCACCACAGCCCUAAUUUGUAUCGACACUCUUGAAUC